AUGCCGAAAACACCAGACAGCAGCGGUAUGGAUUUAGGAAAUGUUUCCCAUAGCUGCGAUUCACGAGCUCUGAAAGUUACAACAUCAACAACAUCAUCAUCAUCACCACCACCAUCAUCUUCCCUCAGCAGCAGUGCUCACCGUCAGCUAGAGGCAGCAUCACCACCGCCCCUCCAAGUUCUCCAGUUGAAGAGGCAUCAUAAGCAGUACUAUAGCCAUGGCCAUAAUCUGUUACCUAAGAAGAACCCUCUAGAUAAUACAGUGAGAGAGUUGUCAUCAUCCUGUGUCUAUGAGGUACCUGACUCUGGUGGUGUUCCCCAUGACCCGACUGCCUCUGCAUCUGCCAUGGCCUUAGCUGUCACUACCACAGUUUGCUCUGGUGUUGAGGCUAGAGAUGUAUGGAAGUCUGGAUACCUGAGAAAGAUGAAACACAGCCACAAGAGAUUUUUUGUCUUGAGAGGGCCAAGUGACACAGGCCCCAGCCGCUUGGAGUACUAUGAUAGUGAGAAGAAAUUUAGAAAUGGAAUGAAAUCCGUUUGUAAAUCUCCUAGUGCUGUGGGUUCUCCUAAGAAGGUGAUUUAUCUGUAUCAAUGUUUCACUGUUAGUAAAAGGGUAGAUUCUAAACACAAGCACCUGAUAGCCCUGUACACUAAGGAUGAGCACUUUGUCAUGAUAGCGGAGAAUGAGGAGGAGCAAGAGGAUUGGUACCUGGCUCUGAGUGAUCUGGUGAUCCAGGAGAAAAAGGAGUACCGGGACGCUGAGGAGUUGGAUGAUGGAUACUGGACCAUCUCUCCUGGAGCCAUCUUCAAGGAGGUGUGGCAGGUGAUUGUAAAGCCCAAAGGUUUAGGACAAACCAAGAACCUGAUAGGAGUGUGCCGGCUGUGUCUCUCUGCCAAGACCAUUCACCUGGUGAAGAUGUGCUCUGAGAUGACGUCUGUGAACCUGCCUCUGAUGAAUGUCCGUCGCUGUGGUCACUCCGAGAGCUUCUUCUUUAUGGAGGUGGGCCGCUCGUCCUCCACUGGGCCUGGGGAGAUCUGGAUGCAGGUAGAAUCAGGCGACCCUGUGGUGGCUCAGAACAUGCAUGAGACAAUCCUGGAGGCCAUGAGAGCCCUGAGGGCCAUCCCUGAUUUCAGGCCUCGGAGCAAGAGUCAGUCAUUCCCAUCAAACCCCUGUGCCGUAGUCACCACACGACGUCAACACCAUGGCAACCUCCCACCCAGCCUGACUGGGUUACAGCGCUCUAUAAGGGUGGAAACUGUUGUGAGCAAACCGUCCCCACAGAAAAAUAAAGGAGAUGGAGGCCACAGCCCCAAUCGAACUUCUAGCCAUGGAGAGGGAACAAUGAACCAACUGAUCAGCCCAGGGACUAGCACCUUGGCUCUCCGUAAUGUCUGCAUCAGUAAAAGCCUUGAAGAGAGCCUCAGUCACUGUGCAUGCAUCUCCACCACCAUCAGUGUAUCCAGCAGCAGUGGCAAUGACUCUGAUACACACCCCUGGCCCUCUGACACUUCAGUCUUUGGUUCUUCCAGCGACAGAGGCUCUGAUACACACCCCUGGCCCUCGGACACUUCAGUCUUUGGUUCUUCCAGCGACAGAGGCUCUGUCUGCGCUGAGGAUUUGUGCUCCAACCCAUGUGUCUUUCAGUUGUCCAGGAGUAACACCCCUGACUCACUGUUUAACACCACACUCAUUGACGAGAACAGCUUGACUGACUACGUGUCCAUGGAUUUGCAGCACAUCACUGCUCUGCAGAUGAAUGGAACAGUAGAAACCCUCUCUGUAGCUCGCCUCGUCACUCUUCUCAUCCAAGCAGUGAUGUGCUGCUGA